AUGUCUGAUGUAUUAUCCAACUUCGGCUGUCUCGAUGAACUCACCCAAGUAAUCUAUCAAAGCAUUUAUAAAUUUGUCGUUUUGUCCACAGUCACCGACGAUAAGUGGAAUAUCUUUAUUGGACUUUCCGGGACACAAGGUCGGUGGUGGCGUGGAUGCUGGACAGAGGACGAUAUUCAUCGAAUUUUUGGCUCCAAAUCGUCGGACAAACUUCUCGAGUCCUUCGCCGAAAAGUUAGCGGAGGCGUUCAUUGAAGGUGAAAUGUGUAUCAGUGACUGGAGUCCCGACAAAGGCGCGGACAUCAAGUUUACACUUGGCCCUACGUCGAGGAAACCAAUGCAUGUAUCCCUGAUUGAGAUGUCGCCUGAGGAAGCCGCUGCACACGCAACAACUAUAUUUAUAGAAAUUGCAGUUCAAGCUCAGUCGAGGAAAUGUCGAUUAUACCCUUCAUCUUCAACUGAGCAUACACCCCAAACAUUUACACCUCCGACGACUGUGCAUAAUGUCAGCGGGGGGCUCUCUUCAACUUCAAAGCGAAAAGAAACGAGUCCGGAGCCCAGGCCCAGGCAAGAAAGCGUGGAACGGUCCCCUCCGAAAACAUCUGCAAUUAAAGUAACAAAGGAUACGAAGCUCCUUAAAUCGCAUGUAAAGCCGCCUACUAGACCACAACCCGGACCUUCAACGCAAAAACCUAUUGCACGGGCGCAGAAAGGCGCUUCAUUGGCAAACCCCAACAAGAAAGCCCGGACAUAUAAACCCAUUGAGUUCGAAAGUGAUGAUGAGUGA